AUGGACUCCAGCCAGUCGAUGCCGCGAUUGAUCCAGCUGGCCACCACUAUCAACCUUUCAGUAGCCAGGAUUCAACGAGUUCUAGAUAGCCAACAAGCACCAUCGCCUUCCUUUGACGAGGAUAGUGCUCCUCUUCCCGUAGACAUUAGAGAAGCCCAAGAUGUUGUUCUUGAUGCCACGGCAGAGCUUCACGACUUGCUCACAGAUCCCUUGAAUCUUAUGCACCGAUUUGCCAGAGGAGAUAAGACGGCCUGUCUGCAAACCAUUGCUCGUUUCGAUAUUGCGAGCCUCGUACCACCAGGCGGCCAGAUCUCAUUUAAAGAACUUGCCAGCCAGACACCUCUGACGGAGCAAAUGAUGGGUCGCAUCAUUCGCCACGCCGUGACGAUGCGCGUAUUCCGCGAGCCCGAAUGUGGAUUUGUGGCUCAUACAAGAGCAUCGAGAAUGCUGGCAAGCCCAGAGAUGAGAGACUGGAUUCGCGCCGGCACCGAGGAACUGGGACCGGCAGGAAGCAAGUUGGCAGAAGCACUUGAGAAAUGGCCAGGCUCGCAGGAGCCAAACGAGACGGGAUUCUCUUUGGCAAAUAACACGACGGGGUCAAUUUACGACGUGAUUUCGGAGUAUCCACAGAGAGCCGUUCGCUUCGCAAACGCGAUGAAGGUGAUGACGUCGAAGCCAGAGUUUGACGCGUGUUACGGUACAGAUUUUUACGACUGGGCGUCGCUCGGCGCGGCUCGAGUUGUCGAUGUCGGCGGCGGCAACGGCCACUUUGCGCUCACACUCGCCAAACGAUACGCCCGACUGGAUGUCGUUGUGCAGGACAUGGCCAAGGUGGUUGAGAACGCGACGAGUGGUGAUUUGCGGGAGAGGGUUCGGUUCAUGGCUCACAACUUGUUUGAUGCUCAGACUAUCGCCGCUGAUGUAUUCUUCUUUCGCUGGAUCUUUCACAACUGGUCGGACCGAUAUUGCAUCCAGAUUCUCAGGGCCCAGCUACCGGCGCUGAAAAAAGGGGCGCGUCUUGUUGUACAAGAGUCUUUCAUGCCGGCAAGUGGAAGUGUAUCCCAGUGCAAGGAAAGAGACUUGAGGGCGAUGGACUUGGAGAUGGCUUAUACCUUCAACUCUCGAGAAAGAACACUCGCUGACUGGAAAGCCCUGUUCAGAGAGGCAGACUCGGGAUUUGUGUUCAAGAGCGCCAUUGAACCCAAAGGCUCUGCCAUGGGUAUAUUGGAAUUUGAGUGGGAUGGCGCGGAUGGAUCGGCAACAUGA